AUGUCUGGUCUUUCGACUACUAUUAUGCCCUUUGCGGACCUGCCGGCCUGCGCUCUGAACUGCGGCCCGCUCUACGAUGCCAACGGUGCAUGCGUGCCCCCCGCCGUCCCGGCCGCCGACGGCAGCGUCUACAACGCCUGCUUCUGCAGUCAGGCCGUCCUGCAACCCUUCAAGACGGCCGCCACCGGCGUGUGUGACGCCGCAGCCUGUGAUGCUGCCGGCUUCAGCAGCAUUCAGGGAUGGUACACCUCAUUCUGCAACUCCGUCGCUGGCGGCGCUGCCACCCAGGCAUCCUCCUCUCCGGGUUCCUCCGCGACGAGCGGGUCAUCGAGAGGGUCCGGCUCAUCCAACAGCGGGAACGGGGGUGACUGGCUCUCCAACCACUGGAAAUGGGUCGUCAUGCUCGUCGUCCUAGUCGUCGCCAUCGCUGGCAUCUGGAUCGGCGCCUGCAUCUGGCGCCGGCGUUACCUCCGCCGUAAGGAUCGCAUGUACGAGCUCGGCAAGCACGCCCACAAGGGACCCAGCGGCAUCAUCGCCGGCUCCGGCGUCAACGUCAACCAGGCCGGCAUCAUCAACUCGCCCGGCCAGUUCAUGCCCGGGCCUCCUUCCGCAGUCUACGACGAGAAGCCCCCCAACGAGAGAAAGAGGUGGAUCGUGAACGAGAGGACGUAG